CAACAGUUGGCAGCAGUGCUGGCACUAACGAAAGACGCUGUUCCGGCUGUAUUUCACGCCGCCAUUUUUUCCUCGUGCAGCGUGUCAAGUCGCUUCGUGUCGUGUGCGGUUUAAUUUUACAGUAAUACUGACUUGGUUCUAGAGCGAGCCAAAAUGCCGGGUUUUAGCAGUGUGGGUACAUUUAAAAUUUUUAUCGGUAAUUUGGCCGAUAAAACGACCAAUGCCGAUAUUAAGCCUCUAUUCGAGAAGUACGGCAAAGUCGUCGAGUGUGACGUUGUGAAAAAUUAUGGAUUUGUGCACAUGGAAAAUGAGGAGAGCGGAAGAAACGCAAUUCAGCAUGUGAACGGCUAUAUGAUGCAUGGACAGCCGAUAAAAUGCGAGGCGGCAAAGAGUCGUAAGGGACCGAAUACACCGACGACAAAAAUAUUCGUUGGCAAUUUAACGGACAACACUAAAGCGCCGCAGGUGCGGGAAUUGUUCGCAAAAUUCGGAACAGUCGUUGAGUGCGACAUUGUACGAAAUUAUGGAUUCGUGCAUCUCGAGGCAACUGGCGACGUUAAUGACGCGAUAAAAGAGCUGAACGGACAUAUUGUCGACGGGCAACCGAUGAAGGUGCAAAUAUCGACGAGCCGCGUGAGACAGAGGCCGGGAAUGGGCGAUCCUGAGCAAUGUUAUCGUUGCGGACGCGGUGGUCAUUGGUCGAAGGAAUGUCCCAAGGGUGGAAUGGGCGGCGGACCCGAUAGAAAUGGAUUCCGCGAUCGUAUGUUUGGACGUGAUCCCUAUCCACCGCCACCACCCCCGCCUUUCCUCAGGGACAGGCUCAUGGGUGGCGGACGCUUUGGUGAUUACGACAGUUAUUACGACAGACGUGGAUUCGAUGACACUCGUGAUUUGUACGAGAGGCGAUUCCCAAGUAUGACGGGAAUGUCGGGCCGCGACAUGGGAAGUUCAAUGCGCGAUUCCUACUUGCCACCAGUUGCCCCAAGACGAGACCCAAUUCCACCAAUGCCACCUCUAGGUAUGGGCUCAAUGCGCGACAGUGGAUUUUCACGCAGCAAUGAUUAUGGAAUGUUCAGCAGGCGAUCGCCACCUCCAAGUGGCAAUAAUGGACGUUUCAGGGAGGAUCUUUUAUUGGGAAUUGGAAAUCCACUUCUUGAUAUUUCUGCAACGGUCGAUGAGGAUUUUUUAAAGAAGUACAAAUUAAAAGCGAACGAUGCAAUUCUCGCGGAAGAUUUUCACAAACCUCUUUACGAUGAAUUGGUAGAAAAAUACAAUGCCGAUUUCAUUGCCGGAGGUGCAGUUCAAAAUUCAAUGCGAGUAGCGCAGUGGUUUUUGGAGAAGCCGGGCGUUUGCAUCUACAUGGGCUGCGUGGGCAAGGACAAGUAUUCAGCAAUUUUGGAGGAACGUGCCCGAGAGAAUGGCUUAAAUGUUCGAUAUCAGUAUACAGAUAAGGAGCAAACGGGAACUUGCGCCGUCCUCAUUACCGGCAAGGACCGUUCAUUGUGCGCUAAUUUAGCGGCCGCCAAUUGCUUCUCACCCUCGCACAUUGCCGAGCCGGAAAACAAGAAACUAAUUGAGAAGGCUCAAUUUUACUACGUUUCUGGAUUUUUCUUGACAGUGAGCUCAGAAUCAAUCCAAACAGUGGCGAAUCAUGCAUUCAUGGAGAACAAAAUAUUCAUGAUGAAUUUGAGUGCGCCAUUUUUAUGUAAAUUCUUCAAGAAGGAAAUGUUAGCGGCUCUUCCGUACGUUGAUAUUCUCGUUGGUAAUGAAACCGAAUCUGAGGCAUUUUCCGAGGCCAAUGAACUUGGAACGAGUGAUCUCAAGGAAAUUGGAUUGAAGAUUUGCAAUUGGGAGAAAAUGAAUAAGAAACGAAAACGAAUUGUCAUUUUAACACAGGGCGCGGGUUCGGUGCUUCUGAUUAAGGACAAUAAUGUCACGGAAUAUCCAGUGCCAAAGCUGGAGGAGGAUAAAGUUGUUGAUACAAACGGUGCUGGCGAUGCAUUCGUUGGAGGCUUCUUGGCGCAGUACAUUCAGGACCAAAGUUUAGAAACUUGCAUAAAGUGUGGAAUUUGGGCAGCUUCGGAAAUUAUACAACGAUCUGGUUGCACGUACGAGGGACGACCGGAUUUUACCCCCUAAAAAUGUGUGAAUAUUUUCAAAAAAAAAAAAAAAGAGAUAAUUGUGAUUUACAGAAUUCAAGUGCUAAGAAAAACAUCACCAAAAACAUUUUUUUACUUUUAAAGAAAACGGACAAUUUUUUAUUUUUGUUUUCAGUGUUUUAUUGCGAGAGUCAUAAGAGAAAUUCGUCAAAUUGAAGAAGAAUAAAAAAAUAAAGUUACCAGAGAACGAAGGAAGAAAAA